CAUAGAUAGCCAGACAUGUUUGAAAGUUUUCCGCAUUUCCAAUUUGUAAUUUUCUUGUGGAAAAAAAAAAUACACAAGGUCUAAUUCUUUUAGUGAAGUCUACUCACCGUACACGAUUUCGGUAGAUAAAGGUGCUAGUUAUGGACACUAUUGAGACUAGCGGCAGCGGUGAGAGCGGCCUGUACAUCUACGUGGGGAACAUUCAAAAAUCGGCUACCGAGGACCAGCUGCGACAGUUUUUCCGCGAAUGCAAAGGGAUUGUAUCAGUGUAUUUCCGCCUAGAGCACUCUACUUACUGUCCAACAAAGAUAGCGUUCAUAAAGUUUUCGAAUCGACAAGAGGUAAGCAAGGCGUUCCGGUUGAAUAACACAUUUUUCCAGGGGAAACGUGUCUUCAUUGUCAGCGUUGAUUCGGAGAAAAAUUUUACUCCACGGUAUUCGGUUAUCGUGAAGAACAUGAAUGAGUAUAUAACUGAGGAAGAUAUCUAUGAUCACUUUAAAAACAUCGGUACUAUUGAAUGCGUCCAGAAGCCAGCACAUAACUAUGCAUACAUUUCGUUUGAGCGCAGCGAGAGUGCUCAACGAGCACUGAAAAUAAAGGACCGAAGCUUGAAGGGAGUAGAAAUUGCAAUGGGUUCAAUUAAGAGGACUAUUUGUAUGUUGUUAGAGAAGCCAAAGGGGCUUCCAUUCGCCAGUAUCAAAGAUAAAUGCGAAGCUCUGGGUUUGAGGUACGAACCAGCUGCGGAAGAUGAAAAGAAACUACUUGUUACCAAUAUCCCUCGACAAGUUCUAGAGAAAGAUAUUGUAGAUUACCUUGGAAAAUUUGGCAAGAUUAUGGAUUGGGAAAUGCAAAAGUCGCCGAUUUCUGUGCUAACUAACAUUGGUUAUGUUACUUACAUAAAUCCUACAGUUGCUCGUCAUGUAUACUUGUACGGGCCACACCCCUUUCAGGGAGUUGCUCUCGAUAUUUAUAAUCCACGGAUAACGUACGGAGAAAUCAAGUCUACAACCGCCGUAUUGUUGAAAAGAACAAAUGUCUAUCUAACUAACGACGAAAUAUUCCAAGCAAUGAAUGAGUGUGGACGCGUUACCUACAUCCAUCGAGUUGAUGCGAAAAGAUACUGUACUAUUGUUCGCUUUCAGUUCUACAUUGCUGUACCUCAAGCGCUCAAAGUUAAGCAAAUAGCAAAUGAAAAUGUGUACAUUACAAAAUUUUCCCAGGAAAGUUAUUUGUCAGACAUGGCGGCGAUUCCGGAAGCAUUUCCUAAAGGAAGCAUUCGCGUUUACAAGGAGGCAGCUCUACGAAGCAUGAUUGAAAAAGAAGAUCGAGCGGAGAUGGCACGUUAUCGAACGGUACCCAAUGCGCUCUAUAUGAAUCCGAAUCCAGAGUUCUAUCUAAAUGAAGUGCAAAUCAUGAAUUAUUCGCCAGGAACCAGUUUAAGCAAGUUUCGGGAAUAUUUCAAGAAAUGUGGCAAUGUAAUAAACUUUCGUGAGAUUUCUGAAGGAUUUGUGAGGACAGGUUAUCUAAGUUUCGAAACUAAAUUGGAGGCUAGACGUGCAUGUUCGCUGAAUCAGAACUACAUAAACGGGAAACGAGUACUCAUUCACUUGGCAAACGAGUGUUUGUUCAUUGAUCCGCAGCUGUGUGUUAAGGUAGCUGGAUUGAAUACUUCGAUUACGGAUGAAGAGAUCUACGAUCACUUUAAUGAAAUAGGACUAGUGAAGUUUGUGCUUCGUAAGUCUUCGGAAAGGGCAAUUGUGUGCAUGGAACAAAAGCGGUCGCUUGAACCGGCUCUACGUAUAAAACCGAUGGAACGGUCUAAAAUGGUAGUCAGCCGAGUAAACAUUAUAUCAAGUUCAAAUGGAACCGGAGGACAAUCGCAGUUCUCAUCUGGCUCAAUAGCUCCAUCAACACAGCACUCGAUACAAGGUAUUAGACCAAAUCUUCUUCAAAUCCAGACAGGAUCGAAUAGACCGAAUUCUAGUGGGAGAACCACGGGGUCUAAUGUUGGUCCGAGCGGCGCAAUUCCAGGAGCCAGUGGAACAACGCUCAACCAAUCGCAAGAUUUCCAUGGAUCAGGUCCUGUCAGACCUAUUUUGGGUCCUAAUAGUACCAUGAUGGGACCUAAUGAACCGAUGAUGGGACCUAACGGUUCAAUGAUGGGACCUAGUGGACCAACGCUGGGUCCUGGUGGACCGAUGAUGCGACCCCACGGUCCAAUGAUGGGACCUGAUGGCCCGAUGAUGGGACCUGAUGGAUCGAUGAUGGGAACAAAUGGUCCAAUGAUGGGACCUAAUGGAUCGAUGAUGGGAACUAAUGGUCCAAUGAGGGGACCCAAUGGACCGAUGAUGGGACCCAACGGUCCGAUGAUGGGACCUCGUGGACCGAUGAUGGGACCUGGUGGCCCAAUGGUUGGACCUAGUGGUCCAAUGAUGGGACCUGGUGGUCCGAUGACGGGACCUGGUGGUCCAAUGAUGGGACCUGGUGGUCCAAUGGGAGGACCUGGUGGUCCAAUGAUGGGACCUGGUGGUCCAAUGAUGGGACCUGGUGGUCCAAUGGGAGGACCUGGUGGUCCAAUGAUGGGACCUGGUGGUCCAAUCGGAGGACCUGCUGGUCCAAUGAUGGGACCUAAUGGUCCCAUGGGACCAAAUGGACCGAUGAUGAACAAUACACAAACUGGCCCUGUUGUAACACCUGCUAUGCGACGUCUGAUGCAAAUUGUGGAAGGGGACAUGAUGCGUGUUAGGGCCUUUGCUUCACUGUCGAUGAUUGACCAAUUUAAUCUUAUUCAUGGAAUCGUAAAUCAAUUUAUAAACAAUCAACAAUUCCUCACCAUGACUCCAGAUAAGAAGAUUAGUUCUCUGAUAAGCGGACAAAACAAUUUUGCGUAUGCCAAUUUAUUCACGCUGUUCACAUAUCCGCAGCAGUUGAGAAUAUUAUUUUUAAUUCAUGGAGAUUAUGUCAAUACUGUUACGUCUGAGUCUGCUAACAUGAUGAGAACAGAGCCAAUGCCUGCUUCGAAUCCAAUAUCGUAUCCUCAACACAACAUUCCGGACGAACCAGAAAAUUGCGAAACUUUGGCCCCUUGGCAAAGUAAGUUCGCCAAUACUUUAACGCCCGUUGAUACUAGCACCGAAUCGAACACCAAACAAUCAGCACAAGAUCGUUUUGAAGAGGCUGAGAAACUAAUACUUCAAGCGAGCGAAGAAAUUGAUCGAGGAGAGGAUAUAGAAGAAACGUUGACGGUCAGUUCUGAUUCAGAUAUCGUACCUCCGGCACCAGAUCCUCCAAAGCUUAGCUCAAGAACGUCCCGAUCCAAUUCACCACCUACACCCUUACCGGAACGAUUGAGCAGGGUUUUAAGCAGGUCACCGUCGGCACGCUAUCGUCACUCCCGAUCGAUUUCUCGUUCGCCGAGUCGUUCCGGUUGCCGAUCAAAGAAUGUUCACUCAUUAUCAUCUAAGCGCCAAAGUCUGAGUCCACUUUCAAAUGCUUUACUGCCAAGCUCAUUGUUACGAUACGAUCGAACACUAUCGAAGUCACCUCGACGGUAUAGAGAUGAGCCGGCUCGCCGCGACUCUCGGCGCGAAGCACCCAGGGCAAGAUAUCGGACAAGAUCCCGAUCACCUAAUAUUCCCAGUCGGUCUCGUUAUGUGGCGCCACCGAGCAUAAGAGAUCGCCACCACCGUCGGUCAAGGUCUCCGGAGAGAAUUCGAGUUCAUCGCGCUCAAUCGCGGAGUCCCCUGCGUCGAGUUCGUUCUAGAACGCCUUCGCUGAGCCCUAGUCCUCCGCCACGUAUGAGAAGCGAAACGCCUUUGUGGGACGAUCAUAGUUAUUCCCCAGCCAGAGAUCCGAAACAUCGUCGAGAACGGGACCCUUACGGUGAAGUUAUUGAAGAAACAGGCGUUUCUAGUUGCAUUUUUGUUGGAAAUUUACCAAUGGAUACAUCCGAAGAAUCUAUCGUGGAAAUUUUUGGCAAGUUUGGCCAAAUUGUAAAACUUAGAAUACCGACCUUCAACGUUCAAACGAAGCGAGCUUUCAUCACUUUUGACACAUUUGACCAGGCAGUGAAAGCGUUAGAUAUGCACCUGAGACAGUAUCGUGGCCAUUUGCUACGUGUCGCGUUCAAUAACAAAAAACAAAGGGAGCGUCCCGGCUUUGCUGUCAAUGUAUCCGCUAGUGGAAAAUAUGACGAAAUUGCCAUCUAUGACACAUUCAAAAUGUGUGGCGAAAUUACGAACAUGUGGACCAGGAUCUAUCACCAAAGGUCAUACUGCGUUAUUGAUUUCAAGCACCGUGACGCGGUGAGGGCAGCAGUGAGUACACACAACUUACUCACAGGACACAGGUGCAAAGUGAUUUCCAUUGUGUAAACGAUCAGUCACUCGAGAUGGGCACCCCUGGUGGGAAAGCUACCUGCGGGAAGGUGAGUUAGUUUCUGAUAUGACACAUUUUAAAAAUAUAAUUUUAGUUAGAUAAUAAGAUACAUUUAAGACGAUUCAGAGUAUCCAGUAAAAAAUAAUAACACUAUAUGACACAGAUUAGUAUAAACGAAAAUUAACCAUACCGUAUUUAGGAAAUAUUUAGCAGAGAAUGAAAAUUCAGACGGCGUAGACGAUUUCUGUUUUGUUUUUGACUUUAUACUAGCAGUUAAAGUAUAGAUAUAGUCAGCUUAGCUAAUUAAGUGCAUUUAACUGUCUUCACAGAUUUUGAAAAGAAAAUGUUAAAACUAAUUUAUUUUAAGGUUUUAGUUUAUAACACUAUAUGUGCAAGAUCCACAAAUAAAUAUCUCAGCUAUAAUACUUGAUGGUGAAUAUAGAUGUAAGUAUACUUAUAAUUUUCUGAAAUUAAAUUAAUUCAUUAACUACAAGCUAGUUUAUAACCAUGUAAGUAGCAGGUAGCCAUAAUUCGUUUACUUGUAUUCUUCUAAUCGAAUAAAGAUUCUAUUAGAAUAUACUUAUCACAAAACCGGGAAUAGUUUCUUAGUUUGUUUGGAAGUUGUUGCAUUAUAUAACCAUUACAUUAUAAAGACUUAACAAUAGUUCAUUAUUUGGAAACUCAUACUUUCAACAUUUUUGUUCAAUUGUGUAACACUAUGGUUCAAUAAUUUUCGAGGUCAAGAUAGUAUUACACAUUGAUUAUUGUAGAAGAGCUAGGCACUACAACAAAAUAAAAUUGCGAGUGAAUUUGUGAUCAGAAAAAAAAUCUUUGUUGAAUAUUUCAUUUUUGGAACCCAGGUUGUUAUGGAGGAGUAUCGUCAGAUGAAACUUAUGUUGAGGUAUUCUCUAAUUCGACAAUUGAAAAAGUGAUGACAGAUCGGCAGACCAAACGAGUAUAAAAGUUCGAGUAUACAGGAAAUUGAUCCGUCGUUUCGCUAGUGUUUUCUAUGGCUACCUGGAUGCGAACCAACUUCUGCUACACGAUCGAUGUUAUAAAGGCAUCUUUCUUUCAGCUGUUUAAUUUGUCGUUUACAUAAUUUGGAAACAGAAAAGUGGAAAUACUGGAAACUUUUAGUGCCAUUUCUAAGCUCUUUGUAAAUGUUGUGCUGGAAUCGAAUAAAUCAACUCACUGAAAAAAUAGGUUAAUGAAAACCAUUUCCUGGUUGCCUUUAUCUAAGAAGAGCAUCAAAACUAUUCAAGUUGGUUUUCUUAUGGACCAAUUUUCACUACAACUUGUACGCCAGAUGAUAGCCAACAUUUUUAAAGACAAUAUCUGGAUUAUUCAUUUCUUUAACGAAAUUCGCGGACACCUUACAAGUUGAAACCAGCAACUACUAAAAUUACUUCAUCGUUCGAUAAAACAUUUCUCAUCAACUUCAAACUUGUGUCGACCAUACUGAAACAGGAAAAUACUCGCUAUUGAAGCAACUCACUUCGGCUCAACAAGCACAGGAAAUAGUGCAAAAACACUAUAUGAAACACUAACUAGAACACGACUGGAAAUCCUGAAGCAUCCCAUUAUCAAUGAAAAAUGGAUCCAUUGAGGUUAGCAUACACGGCCUCAACCCGAGCACAAGUAGCCGACAGCUUGCAUACCUAAUGCAUGAGUAUGGUGAAAUCCUUACAAUCAGCGAAUAAUUCUGGAACAAUUUCUAUCCUGAUUUCCCAAAUGAUGUAAGAUUUAUGCGCAUAAAACUUUCAACACCGAUACCUCCGUAUACGACACAACCAUUUGGGUCGCUAAUCUGGAAGCAGAGGUAGCAUCGCUUCAAUAAAGAAACGGCUACAUCGACAGCAAAACAAACUACAAGGGGAGAAUAGAUUGAAAAAAAAAAAAGAGCCUCGAGGAACGCAUUCGUCCGCAGACAACAGAUUUAGGCUAGAAUUAAAUUUAAUGAAAAACCUAUGUAAAGUUUCAAAUUUAUAUAAUAUUCGUUGAAAAUCAGUCUCACUACUGCCAUCUUUGCUACGUGCUAUUUGGCAGUUGUAUUCCGACUGCAUAGCAUCGCUGCACAACUUAAAAAAGUUUGCACAACUUGUUUUAGUUUUUAGUCGCUCCCUUUAUUCAAACUGGCAGUUGUAGGUGUUUACACAUAUUUAAUUAUGAGCUUAAACGUUUGUUUUCUGUGCAAUCGAGACCUUCGAUGCAGACCCACGCAAGAUCGGAAAUAGUGUGAACAUCGGCUGAAGUCCACAAGAAAGCAAAAGAUAGGUGCGAAUCGUACAGUUUGCGGGGGAGGGCUUCGACGCCUGGAUGUUUCGUUACCGUUGGCGGCGCAAGGUGUUCGGGAUAUCAUUUUUAACGAUCUACCAGCGGAUUCAGCAGACCAGGGUGGAAAAAGAAAGAACGACAAGACGAAGGCGUUUCUAGUUACGUUCCAGACGGCGUCGAAGAUCUUCUCAACAAUUUAGUUCGAUUAGGCUUAUAGACUAUUGUCACGGCAAAAAAAAAAACAAGAUGCCGGUCGAAGGGGUGGACCGUAGCUAACAGAUAAGAUAGAUAUAGCAAGGUAGAGAAAUAAAGUGACGGCGCCGGUGAUUGAGUGGUAAGCGUGACUGCCACUCGCACCAGUUAGUCUGGGUUCAAUCCCAGCCAAGCUUGUUGAGAUUUUUUCCUGGGGUGGAAAAAUCUCUGGUUAGCGCCUUCCUUCAGAAGGGAAGUAAUACCGUUAGUACCCAGUCCAUGAGUUUAUGGGUCGAUAUCUUCUAGUCCAGAUAGUGGAGUCACCUCUCUGGCGUCGGUGUUUGACCUCGUAGCAGAGAAAAAGGCGAAGAGAAAUAGAGUUGUAUUGAGUCGAGACGAAAGGACACUUGAUACUUUUUGUUAAUUCAGUGUAUUCUUACCGAUUAGUUUUUUUAAUUUAAUUUUAUAUUUGAAAAUAUUGUUUAGUUUACAUUACAUUUCUAAUUCAAUAUAGCUAUUGGGUGUUCAUUCACAAGUCGUGAGUUUUUAUCCCUAUUGCUUACAUGAUUCGGUUUAUUAUUAUUAAGAUAUAAUAUGCCUACGCAAUGAAAUGAUUUUUUUUCAGUAGGAGGUUUUAAACCUAUUUGCAGGGCCGUAGCGUGCGAUUGUCCAGGUUGUAGGUUAGUCAUGUACUGGACUAAGUAAGUAAAAACCAUAAAAUAAGAGUGGAUAAUGUGCCAUUUCCACGUACACACUAAAUUAUUGUUCAAAGGCGAAAUAAAAACAGAAGCCUAUGUAAACAUCCCAGUAGCGCAAAACCAAUCCCGUUUUUAGCCAGAGACGAAACUGAGUAGAGUUCUGUCCCCAACUGCUGUCAAGGUGUAUGAACUGGCAGCUGUUGGGUUGAGAACCGGGCACAGUUUCAAGGUCAAGUUAAGGUUGGUACUGUAACAACAUUCUACAUAUGCUGAUUGAUUUUUAUGAAGAUCAGAUCUACGGUGUGGAAAAAAAACUGCUUUUUUCGUUUGCGAAUUUUGCGCAUUCCCUGUCCAACCUUAAAACGGCAUAAUAUUCAAAGGCGACAGAAGAUCGCGCUACGGGCCUUUCAGUCCCAUUCAGAUUUAUUCACAGUAAAUGGUGUUGUUCUCAAAUGUAAAAUAGAGAAAAGAAUUAAAGACAAACAUGGUUGAAUUGCAUGAAAUGAAAAUUUUAACUGCCAAAAUAGCGAAAAUUAUUGCAAACUUUAUCGCUCGUUUUCUUAAUUUUAUAGAAACACAAGUGAGACAGAUACGUGGUUAUGGGAAGUUAAGCAGUCCACCUUCUUAAAGCUGUAGUAAUGAUUGUGGAGUAAAUUAUAUCAAUUAUCAUCGAGAAGACAACCUCACGUUGUACUGUGAAAACUAAGGUUUGUUCGAUGCCAGGAAGUGUAUCACAAAGUUUCCGGAACCCAGCCUAGGUCCAACCAAUCCAACAGUAAGUUUAAUCUCUGGAUGAAAUAUCACAUGAGUUUUCUUUGUGCUCCUGGAAGUGUCCCACAUGGGGAUCGUCAGAGUGACACUCUUCCUGAACCAAGAGAGCAUCAUGAUUUGUCUUGGUGAGUGGCGUAGCGGUUUUUUUUAUCUCUGUCAUGAAGUGCUUAGAGCGUCUUUUAAGGAACGCUAAAGCUUCCUCGUGAGCUGUUUGUACAUAGGAAAUGGGAAUAGAUCAUAUGUACUCUCGCCAUAAUACGCACAUUUUUCAGCAUUCUUAAUGCAAGAGUCAUUCUCGCAAUUCUCACUUCGAUUAUAAUUACUACAAUUGCCUAUGUUUAGGGCAAUGCUGUAAUGCAUGACGAGCGGUACAAACAGUCGAACAAGCAGAUGAUCCUUGUCGAAGCCAACGUAAAUUUCCCAGCAGGAUCACGAGAAGACAUUUUCGAACAUUCUUCGAGUGAAUCAGAGGUUGAAGAUUGUCUUCAAUAAUAGGAGUAUUAAAUUUUGUCUGUGUUGUUGGUACUGAGAAAUUUCUUGCAUUGAAUCUCUUGAAUUUUGUGAUGCCGUAUCAAUGUUGUAAAUCAUGAUCAUGACAUGAUUAAAAUUAUUUUCAAUGCAGUGAAGAUCCAUUUUUAUCAGUCCCUUGGUGAAUUUCAGGCUGACAAAACGGGGACAUUGAUAAAAUCGGGAUUUAUUUUUUCUUCCUGUUCAAUAAAGUUUUGUGCCUUUCCCAACUCGCUUUGUGGUAAUUAAACAAUGAGCUAAUGGCGCUGGAAACUGCUUCUUGUGAAAACAGCUAAGUUACUGGAAGGCGAUCAGAACAAAGAACAGCAUGUGCAAUCAAUUUGCUACAAAUGUGACUUUGAUCUGUCAGAACCAAAUCAAUUGUUGAUUCAUUUUAGACGAGUAACACGCAGAUCCAUUUGAAAACAAAACUGAAUAAUAACCAGUAGAGCAGGCAUUAAAAGGUAGUUUACCCUUAGAAUUGUUUUGAGCAGUAUUCCAGGAUCGGUGUUAAAAUCACCCGUUAUAAACAAUUUGCGAUUCCUCCGAUGAAUCCAAUAAUCAUAUCGACGAGCACCAAAAUUAGAGUUACUGCUUAAUGUAUUAUUUGGUUUAAAAAAAAUUCGGUCACAACGGCAAUAUGCACAUUAUGUACCCUGAAGAAGUCGAAAAAUUUGCCGUCGCAUGUUUUUAGUAAACGAGCAUUCCAAUUUAAUACCGGCCUUGGUGCUAAAAAUACUGCCCCGCUUCUGCGGAUGCUGGUAGUACAACGACGGUCGACGCUUUCUCGCUCGUUUUGAUGUCAUGUGCCUUUCCAUUUCGUUCGGUUACUAAUACUAGCAUAACCCCACCAUCCGGUAUUGUACAGUCCUUCGAAGAGAUGCUCUGUUCGCUUCAGACAGCUAAAUACGAAUGAGGUUCGGACCUAUAUUUAAAACUUUUCAUUAUUUUAUUGUUCUGUUGCCACACUAUAUUGGCGGUUGUGACCGAGAUCAGCUGGAAACUUUCACUUUUUCUGAGCCGUUUUCGAAAGAUUUUCAAAGCACUUUCCGUUGUUAAUACAUGUCUUAUACAUAAUAUAUAAUUUAAAACAACAUUGGUACACAUAUUUUCGGCUAAACGGCGAAGAAAUUGAUUAAUUUCAUACAGUACAACAAAAGAUAUGCACGCUCCAAAGUAUCAAGACUUUUCUUCCGAAAUUUUGAAAAUAAGAUAAGAGCAUUCCAUCGCGAACAGCAAGGAAGCAGUAUCGAUGACUAACUAAUGUUUCGCCGCCCAGAACACGGGUCUCAACACUGCAUCCACAAAAAAAAAAACUUGAAAAAUCCACGGCUCAGUUAUGCGAACUGUGUCAAAGAAAAUUUUGAAAAACGCUCUACCCAAUUAUCCAUUUCUGCUGUACUAUAGAAGUCAUUUGCAAUUUUCAUCAACUCAAUCCAUCCAGGUCUAAAGCAUGACCUUAUUAUAGUUCAGAGUAGAAAAACUCUAGUAAGAGAACUGCGGAGAGAAAAACAGCAUUUUUGGCAACGUAUGCCCCGGCAUUGUAUGGCAAGACGUCCAAUGUUAUAAGGAUAGGCAAUGUUCGAUUGGAUUCGUUUUUUGACAGCUAAACGCGAAUCCAAUCGAUUCAAAAUGGAGUCUCCGCGGUUCUCUUUUUAGAGUUUUUCUAGUUCAGAGUAAUUUCUCACUCUGCUAGCGAGAAUGAUGAUGUUUCUGAAUCGAUUGAUGAAGAUUGCAGAGUGUCGGAAUACGCGUAUCUGUUGUAGUGAAAUGCAAGUGUAGUUUGAAGAACACCGAUGUUUUGAUGAGUGCAAUUACAACGAAAAAUUACAAACUACGUCAUUAGAACAAGCCACUAAGUCGAUCGUUUUUUUUUUAGUUUUACUGCAAAGUGUCCGGGCCAAGUGGUAUCGACGUAGUGUCAUGCAAAUCUAAUUUCAAAUGUGCAAAAAUAUAAACCGUUUUUAAAUGACAUAAACUUAAACAAGUAGCAACUUGUCGCUACGAUCGGUUAUCAGACUUAUAGCAAUCGGUAUACGUAUCUUGCGUGUAAUCUCGUAUACAAUGGUUAUUCAAAAGUAUUCGAAAUUUCAUUCAAUGGCGAUUUGUAACGUGUUUUUAUUCAAAUUUUUAAGAAGUUUUUCUAGAAAUUGCCUUUGUGAUAAAAGCUGAAGAUGUGAUACAAAGGCUUUUUCCUCUUUAGCUCUUUAUUAUCACUUUUUUAUUUUUUUUUAUUGUCCGACAGUAUAAUUUCUGAUCGAUUUAAACUCGAGGCGCCACGUUCAUUAGGGAAUCGAAUCGCUGGGAGUGGAACUACCUCAACUACACAGAAAACAGAUUUCAAAUAAAAAAAACACAAGUGCUAUGUCGGCUAUUUGGAAUUCUUUAUGUAAUCAGUUGUCAAUUCAGUCAAUAUUAUUACCGGGCGAGUAUCCUACAUACCAUUCAAUUUAAUUUUACACACCUUAAAAGUUUUGAGAAAACGCCUGUUUUCUGUGUUCACUAGUUUUAAGCCGCUGUAAACGGUCAAUUCUGUCUUGUGUUAUUUUCACUAAAGUGCCUCGUAAAUGCAGCCUACCACCAAGAAAUCUGAUUUUCCCGGGAGAUUCCUUUCGCGUAAGUAUUGAAUUUUUCUGAGAACCAGUUGAAAAAGAAAAUAAAAAUUAAACAAAAAUAAUCUUAAGAAGUAGGUUCGGUAACAUUUAUUGCAAAUUAUACACUUUCACAAGUUUAGGUUCAAUUAAUCCAAGAAAAGUUGCGAAUAAUGAAAACGAUGUAAGUUUAUCGGGGUGAUCAUUUGAAAAAAAAAUGGUAAUAGCCGAUAGAUGGUCUAUUCCUAAAGCCCAUUGCCAACUGUCAUGUUGACAAAGGAUUUUAUGUCUAUGGAUCCUAGUGCUAUGUUUACAGAUUAGAAUUUACCUGAGUUUUAUUUAUUACAUUAAAUGACGCAUUCCGGGAAAAUGGGAAUUGUUUCCAAAGUGUCGUAUUAUUAAUUACCUGUAUCAUAAACCUCACCCAAAAUAUUAGAACGAAAAAUUAAUUCAACAUAUGUUUCUAUUUGUAUUACUCCCUGA